AUGUCGGGGAAAUGUGGUGCAUUUUCUGCGGAGCUGUCUCAUAACCAAGAAGACCUGCUUGGAAUAGGUGAGGCUUUUCUUCAACGGGCCGUCGAUUUUGAGACCCUCUACGUGGAGUUCUGCAUCAAACACUCAAAGUCCAUUCAGGCUCUGGAGAAGGAGAGUCAGUUGCAGACUGAGCUAUGGUCCGACAUCCUCACCUGCCAAACUGCGCUGGGACACAUAUUGCCACUGGCCACGUACUUAUUGAAACCGGUGCAACGCGUUCUCAAGUACCAGUUGCUGUUGCAGGUAAUUCAACUUCAUUUCUAUCUCCUAGCCAGUUUCUUCAUCAGUAGGGAAGAAGGAAGCUGUUCGAUCGCCCGUGCCAUUUUUUCGAAAUCGUGUAAGAGUACAUCAUCCAUUGGCAACAAAACGAGCACCAUUUAUAGGGAGUAA